AUGCAAUACGAAGUACCCAUCCCCAUCACCAUGAGCCACGACAUGUCGAACACCAACGGCCACUACACCCACCAGAACCUCUACGUCCCGAACAACAACGCCAACAACCGCAUAAAGUCUGAGAACGGUUCGGAUCGUGGAGUCUCUCCCCAUUCAUCCGACCACUCGCGAUACUCCUCGCAGACCCCACACAACAACUCGGUGGCCUACCAGCAGAUCGCCGCACAACUCCAGAACGGCAUGCGGUAUCCCUCGCCGUCGCAGCUCCAGCAGCAGAACGGCAUGUCAAUGCUGCAGCACUCCUACCAGCCGAGCGCGACUCCCGAGCAGACCUUCCAGCAACAACCAGGCGCAUCGAUGGGCGCGGUACAGCAGGCUGUGCCACCGCCGCAGCAAGAUCAGAGCCCAAUGAUGGAAGGCGGACGGAUAAGCACUGGUAGCACUGGCCUCCCGAAAGCGUUCGCGUGCUCUACUUGCCAGAAGGGCUUUGCCCGACGAAGUGACUUGGCGCGUCAUGAGCGUAUCCACUCCGGCGUCCGACCUCACAUCUGCGACCACCCAGGAUGUGGCAAGCAAUUCAUACAGCGCUCUGCUCUCACCGUCCACUCUCGAGUACACACUGGCGAGAAGCCUCACAUGUGUGAGCGAUGCGGGAAGCCCUUCUCCGAUAGCAGCUCUCUUGCGAGACAUCGAAGGAUCCACUCUGGCAAGCGCCCAUACAAGUGCCCAUACGCCGACUGCCAAAAGACCUUCACAAGGCGGACCACCCUUACUCGUCACCAGAACCACCACACCGGCACGAUCGAAGAGGCCGAGGCUGCCACUCAAGCUGCUCUUGCGUCGCGCGUCUCCAUGCAGAACUCGCGUUCCAGAGGUUCAGAUGAAGAGAACGACUACUCCGAUGGCAAGUCACCCAUGCCGAAUGCAUCGGAGCGGACAGCAACACCCGUCAACGGUAAUCAGAACCUGCAGCGGCAGGCAUCAGAUUACUAUAUGAACGCCAUGCAGGGUGGCAUGACUGCUGUCCCGGGACACAUUCGUGCUGAAAUUCCGAACAACGUUCCGUCUCGUGCUGCAUCUCCAGCGCAGUACUCAAUGCCAGCAGUCAACGGCCAGCAGCAGCGCCCGCCGCUUACGUCGAACCCAUCUUCUGGCUACAACCCACCUCAGAUUAUGGAGCCGUCUGUCGGCAACGGACAGCAGACAGGAAGCGGCACUAACAGCCCUCAUCUGCAAGGCUGGCAGUCUCCUCACACAGGCGUUCAGGCUCAAGCCAACGAUUACUCGUACACCGAUACCAACAGCAACUAUGCCGGCACGAAUGUCAACGUGCUGCAACAAUACUACACGACACCCGAUGUUCAGCGCCCACACAGCACAGGUCCGGUAAACUACCACAACCAGAUGCGACCACAGGAGAUGUGGACAACACAUCAGCAAUAG